CUCCCGCUGAAUCUCUCUCUCAACGGCGAGCUUGCCUCGAUCGAUCACACCACAACCGACAACCCCCCCAGCUGGUCAAUAGUAUUGUAUUCGGCUGAGAAUAGCAACGUCGUCCUGAUCUGAGAUGUAUUUUCUCGCGCCAAGAUCCAGCUUCAUCGAAUGAGCGUUCACCCCUGCGAUGAUGCUACCGUGUUGUUUGGAGGGGUCUGCCACCCAUUAUUUUCCCGCCACUUCGUCGUGGUGGUGGGAAGACAGGAUCAGCCAUCAGAAUAUUAUUUGGGCCAGCCAGAUCGCCCUCCACCUUUCCAACGUUUUCGUUUUCAUUCGUUCCCAAGUCUGUUGCUUUGUUUCGCCCGGCCGGUGCGGCGUUGCAUCUGGUGCAUUUCGAGAGACCCGCCAGUCACCGUGACGUCUCCGUCGUUGUAUUCGUGGUCGGUUAGGAGGGGGUGCUCCUCGAGACAGACGCAGAAGAACCAAACUUUCAACGCGGUGUGUUCGGAAUACGAAGUUUGGCCGGGACACUGUGCGCGUCGUCUAUCGUAAACAAAGAACAACAACAACGACUACUACUACUACUACUGGACAGGAUCUUUCACCCUCUGCAAACAAGCAGACAAAGAAGACGACAUGGACCUCAGGUGUCAGUAUGUGCCCUUGACCUGGUACAACAAUGGAUACAUUGGAAGCGUUCACUCCGCUUUGGAUCUUCGGUCACCCUUAAGAACGCCUCCACCGCCAUAUGUGGAGAAAGCGCAACCACUGGACGACGAUAUGGACGUCCACCCGGCCUUCAGGCACCAGCACGGCCAGAAACCCAUUAUCUAUGCCACGGUUUACCCCAUGUCGCCUCAGCUCAAGACAAACGCUCUGCUUUUGUCGAGUCCAAGUUCUCCAAGCACCCCAAGUUCACCACGCUCUUCUCGAUCGUCCAUGUCGUCCGAGGAUGGACGAGCGCCCUCACUCUGUUCGGACACAAGCACCCUUUCCGACUGGUCGUCGUCAAGCAUGCACUCCAUGUCUAAUUGCAACGGGCCUUCCCGGACGCUGCGGAGAUCGCGACGACGGGCACGCGGCAUGAGCCUGCGCGAGCUGAGGGCCAAACAGUCAGAGGCUGAUCUGCAGAGGGUGUAUGCCGCAAAUGUCGAGGAAUACCUGAGCGGAGACAUUUUCGACAACUUUCGCAUAUGGCCCGAGCCGGUCAUUGCGGAGGAAACGUGAUGCAGAGAGCACUGCGUUCAUCCGAGGGCGAUUCGAACGCGGAGCGUGUUCGCCGCGCUAUUUUGCCCCCGCAAGGAGCAGACGUCUGGAACAUACAGAGAGCCUUGCGGGCGAACGGCCUGUAUGACGAAAAAGCUGAGCAUAUUUUGCCGAGCAAGAAACGACGAGACGAGCUGACCAACGAGCUAUGGAAGAAUGGAACUUUUCAUCUUCAGUCUAAUGUUCAAAAGGACUGUCUUACUCCACCAAUGUAUGUCCCGGUGGUACAAACCCCCUACCCCUCUUAUGUAUCUCCUACGUCUACGCGGCUAUUCAUUUUCUUAUGCAUCAUAAUUAGGCUAGUAGAAUACCCACUAUAUCGAGAAUAAUUUCUGUAAAUCACCAAUGUGCCUCGUUGAGCAAAGUGUAGAUCUCUACGAGUCUGGAAGUCGCAGGAUUCCUCCCUUCGCCCCUCCAGCGGGGGAAUGCGUAACCUACCGUCUGGCCCAUCGCAACGUUACGAUCACAUAAGGCUCAUGAGCGCCUCAUGCUCUAC